GAACUCCAAGACACUUCCAGCUGAGUCCCUUCUCACGUCGCUCUCAAUACCUUUUUUUUUUCGUGAUCAACCAGUUCAGUUUCACCAGAGAGCCUCAUACUCGUUCGUUUCGAUACGUCUCACACGUUUGGUCCCGGGCCUCGCCUAAACUUUCAACGGUUUUUCCUGUACCCGAAGCAUACACCUCGAAGCGACUUAUUUUCUCGUCACAGUCAACAGUUUCUUGUCCCCUUUUCUUUCUUUUUCUCUUCCCUUGAAUCGUCCCUUUGUCGCUGAUCCACGCACUGCUCAUCACUGUUCUAUCUCAGAGAUGUUCUAUUACUUUGCACUGUGUCUGCUGAGUCUCUUCACCUGUGUUGUUGGUGAUGUGUCGAUCUCCAACCCAACAAAAGGCCAGACGUUUGCUGUGUCUGGCUCAUCCGUCUCCGUCACAGUUACGUGGAUUGAGUCCAACGCUGAUCCGUUACUCACCGACAUGAACAAGUAUACAUUCCUGGUCUGUACAGGCCCAAAUAGUGACAUCAACUGUUUCAAAUCAACUUCGACAACGGUCAAGGCUAGCGAGCUCUCAAGUUAUUCGAAGACGAUGUCCAUUCCUGCGUCACUCGGUGCAGAUGGGCAGUACUACAUCCAAAUCUACGCAACCACAGAUAACGGCUAUACGAUCCACUACACGUACAGAUUCACAUUGACGGGAAUGACGGGCUCCACUGAACCAAGUGGUGAUGAUACGAAUCCGCCAACUGCGCAAACGUCGCUAGCAGCUGACGGUGCCACUGCGGUUACAGGCACAGCACUGUCAGCUUCAUUCUCGCUGCCAUACAGCGAACAAACUGGGCCAACUCGGUACGCUCCAAUGCAAACACAGCCUGGCACCACAGUAACUGCAACUACAUGGUCUCGUCGUUUCCCAACCUCUUCAGUCACGUACUUUUCCACUCUCACAGGCGGAACCAUGCUUCAACAGGUUUCCACGGUAACACCAGGUUGGUCAUACACCAUUUCGUCCGCAGCAAAUUGGGCAUCACCAGCACCAUACCCUAGUGAUAACGGUGGCUGGUAUAACCCAUCUUCUAGAAUCAGAUCCGCGAGUCGUACCUCGUUGUCAUCUUCAGCCACCUCAUCUGCUUGACCACUGUUUCUCUUAUUCAUCAUAGUCCAUGUAUCUACAAAUACACCACUUCGUAACAAAUC